AUGUUGAAAUGGCUGGAACUGGCAAUUAAAGAAGACCACAUAAGGGAAAUCGAUUACAAAGAUUUUCGUGAUAAACAGCCUAUUGCGCGAGGUGCAUCUAGUGAGAUUUCAAGGGCAUAUUGGUCAAGUGCUGAGAAGACAGUUGCUUUAAAAGCACUUAUUGAUAAUCCCGCCUGUGGAAGUGGUGAAUCAUUUGAGAGUUUUGUUAAAGAGCUUAAAUUUACUAGACAUUUAAAUUUUUGCGAUCAUAUUAUUCGAUUUUAUGGUGUCAGUUGUGAUCCUUCAGAACAGUCCUGUUUGAAUGCGCUCAAAAAGCCUACAAAGAAUCGUUCAAAUUCUCCCAACAACAUUGGUACUCCAAUUACACCACCACUAGGCCAGAUGAAUGCUAAUAUAGCAAAGAUGUCUAUAAAUGAUCCAAAUCGAUUGAAUGCAAAUUAUAACAACAAUAUCCAUCGUCAGCCUGGACAACCAGGAUGUGCUUCAAAUGCAAAUCAAUUGAAUAAUUUUGUACAGGGUAAUAAUCAAGUCAAUCCUCAAUUACAAAGAUCUCCAAUACUAGCUAAUAAUUCUCCACAGAAAAUUGGUCAAAAUCCAAUACCAGCCAACAAUCCUCUACAAAACGUUGGUCAAAAUCAAAUACCAGCUAACAAUCCUCCACAAAACAUUGGUCAAAAUCCAAUGCCACUUAAUAUUCCUCGAAACAUUCACCAAAAUCCAAUGCUAGCUAACAAUUCUCCACAGAAUAUUGGUCAAAACCCAAUGCCAGCUAACAAUUCUCCACAGAAUAUUGGUCAAAACCCAAUGCCAGCUAACAAGUCUCCACAAAACAUUGGUCAAAAUCCAAUACCACCUAAUAUUCCUCGAAACGUUCAUCAAAAUCCAAUGCCAGCUAACAAUUCUCCACAGAACAUUGGUCAAAACCCAAUGCCAGCUAACAAUUCUCCACAGAACAUUGGUCAAAACCCAAUGCCAGUUAAUAUUCCUGGUAAUUAUCCUGCUCAGAAUUUUAUUGUCCCAAAUCAAACACCGGUUAAUGGUCAUGGUCAUAACUUUGCUGGACAAGUUAAUCAUAAUAACUUUGUCAGUCAAAAUCAAAUGCAAGUCAAUCCCGGUCAAAACUUUGUUGAUCAAAAAUUUCAAAUUCCAGCUAAUCAUCCUAGUAAAAAUCAUUUACCGAACGUUGUUCAAAACCAACCUUCUCAUCUUACUCAACAACAACUACCUGUUAAUAACCUUGAUCAUAACGCUAUUAAUGCUCGGCAACAAUUUCAUGGUAAUAACGUUAAACCAAAUAGCUUUCCACCAUCAAAUCAAAAUCCUAUUGGUCAGAUUCCUACACAAUCUGCACCAGUUCCGCAUGCUAUUAAUCAGCAAUUCAUUCCUGGAAUUAAUCAACAAUUUCUUGGUCAAAACAUGAGAGCUUCACCAAAUAAUGCAAAUAAUUUUCGUCCAGGUUCAGGCGGAAAUCCCCAAAAUAUAAAUAGACAAGGGAUGAACCCUCAACUUCAACAAAAUCCACCAGUCCAGCCAUUUACUCAACCUAUUCCAAACAUUCCUUCUCAAAAUAUUACUCCAAACAUUGCUUCAAAUGGUGCACCAAAUUUUAUUCCAAACUCUGGCGGACAAGUCGCAUCUGGUUUUCAACACCAUCAAUUUAAUAACCAAACUCCCAAUAUUGCUUCAAAUCCUUCUGUACAAAUGCAACAACCGUUAAAUUCAAAUUUUAGUGGACCGCAAGAUGCCUCCCCACUUUCAAGUGGGGAAAAGACUCAAUUCCAAAAUUCUAAUGGUCCUACAACUCCUUCUAGAAAAUCAACAGAACCACUUCCUGCACAAGAUCAAACGAGGCCAAUUCCUCAUAAAGCGCUUUCCGAUUCUAGUGCCUAUCUUACUACCAAUAUUUUCGAUGAAUGCCCACUAAUAAACCAAUGUCAAAAUGUCAUGGAAGAAUAUGAAAAUAAAUAUAGAAAUGAAUUAGGUUAUGAAAAACCUACAAAAUGUCACGCCGGUUAUCACGCUGGAUUUGGAGAUACAGAAGGUUUACGUCAUCAUUUCAAUUAUGGUGCAAAACCUAAUGGAUUUUCUCGUUUUUUAACAGUAAGAGAUCGUCUUGUAAUAAUUGCAGCAAAAUAUUGUAGUAGAAGAAAAAUGAUAGAAAUAUUUAAAGUUUUAAAAGAAUUUAAAGCAGAUUUUAAAUAUUCUAAUAAUAAUCAAAAGAAUGCAUUACAUUGUUUAUUCGAAAAUAUCUCUUUAACAAGAGAUCUUAAAGAUCAUAAAGCAUUAGAAAAAUUUCAUAGAUAUAUUAAUGAAGCAAUAGUAUUUUUGGUAGAUAACGGAUGUAAUAUUAAUUCUACUGAUAAUAGUAAUCAUACAAUAUUAUCUUAUUAUUUAUGUGAUAAAUUUAGACAUAAAGAGUACGCUCCAAUUAUUCUUAUGUUACUAAAAAAAGGAGCAAAUCCAAAUAUCCGAGUCACAAUGCCACAACAAUAUAAUGCUCCCAAUGCAUUAUUUUUGGCUAUUAAGAUGGGUUGGCCAAUCGAGAUUCUUGAUGCACUAUUGAAUUCUGGUGCAAGGGGUGACAUAAAAGAUGAUAAUAAAGAAAAUAUAUUGGUAUUGGCAGCUAGAGAGAAACAACCUUCUACAAUUGAUUGGAUAUUAGAGAAAAUUCCUGAAGCUAGUACUGGAGAUAGUAUAGAAGCCGCCAUGAAGCUUUCAGAUAGAAAAGAUAGGAAUAAACUUUCUAAAUGGAAAGGAUCUUCAGGAGAGAUUAGAAGGCGAUUAGUUCAAGAAAAUUUAGAACUUAAAAAACAGUUAAGAACAGAAACUGAAAAUAUAAAGGAAAUUAAUUAUGAAAGUGAUUCUGAUUAA